CUGCGUACAACUCAACGCGCCAGUCCACUCCCGCGCAGUCCGCGCGCCGCGCGCAUAACUGACGCUCGCGUUUCUCAUUUUUUUAAAAACCGCGUAUGGUAACCAAAAAUGUGCAAAUGUAAUCAGUGACUUGAAAAUGUCGUUGACCCUUUUCCAAAAUCCAGGUGAGAGACUGUUUCGUGUGAAGUGAUCGCCGCUAUAAUGCCGGAGUGUCCCGAUUCGUUCCCAUUCACCAUACCCAUCAUAAGAUACACGAUGGAUUCAGAAACAAAUACUUCUGAGAGGCAACAGCCGGUAACGAAAAAGAUGUCUUUGCUUACACCUGUCAAAAUUGAGACACCAGAUAGUGGACGCAGACUUUCCGAACCUACGAGAUAUUACAUUCCACCGCAAUGUAACAACAAGUUAUCACCAAGAAGUGCUAGGAGACACGAUACACGAAAGAAUUCUAAGACAAAUGUAAAGAAUGAUUCUUCUACUAAAGAAACUUUUGGCCCAAAGCCGUGUAAUUGUGAAGAUUGUAGAGCGUCAAGUCCAUUACCGCCAGGCUAUGGACCGCCCACGCUAUCUCCUGGUUACGAUCAAAUGAAGACUUCCUUGUUAGAAGUGCCCUGGAAUGAAGAUUUCACAGAGGCGUCGAGUGAUGAUCUCAGUUCUGAAUGGGAUUCCGACGUGCCUGAGCCACCUCGACCCACUCAAAAGCAAUCAGAAAGAUGGAGGAAGCUCCGAAACAUCGUGCAAUGGACGCCGUUCUUCCAGACAUACAAGAAGCAAAGGUAUCCCUGGGUUCAACUGGCUGGUCACCAGGGGAACUUCAAGGCUGGACCGGACCAGGGCACGAUAUUGAAGAAGCUGAGCCCACAAGAAGAGAGGUGCUUUAAGUUGCUCAUGAAAGACAUACUCCGCCCGUUCGUACCUGAAUACAAGGGUCAAGUGACGUGUGAAGAUGGGGAACUGUACUUACAAUUACAAGACCUCCUUAGUGACUUCGACUGUCCUUGCGUCAUGGACUGCAAAAUCGGAGUCCGAACAUAUUUAGAAGAAGAAUUAGCAAAGGCCAAGGAGAAGACUAAACUUAGAAAAGAUAUGUAUGAAAAAAUGAUUCAAAUCGAUCCAAAGGCACCGACAGACGAAGAACACAGGAGUAAAGGUGUGACAAAACCUAGAUACAUGAUCUGGAGGGAAACCAUUAGUUCGACAUCGACGUUAGGCUUUAGGAUAGAUGGAGUCAAGAAAGCUGACGGAACUAGUACUAAAGACUUUAAAACAACUAAAACUAGAGAACAGAUAUUGGAGGCUUUCAAGGACUUUACCGUCACGUUUCCUAACGCUGCGCCGAAAUACCUCGAAAGGCUAAAGAACAUUCGAGCCACACUAAGGGAGUCACAUUUCUUCAGAACACACGAACUCAUUGGCAGUUCGUUGCUCUUCGUCCACGACCAAAGAAAAGCGUCAAUUUGGAUGAUAGACUUUGCCAAAACAGUCCCUGUGCCCGAAGGCGUAUCCAUUGACCACAAUUCCGCUUGGAAAGUUGGUAACCACGAAGAUGGCUAUUUAAUCGGCAUCGACAAUUUGAUCUCCAUCUUCGAAUCUCUCAUCAAAGACGACAACGGUAACAUCGAUCAGUGUUACUCUAACUUAACUUUGGAUAAAAAUGUUCGAAGAGACAGUUUAGCCACUUGAAGGUUGCAUUUUUAUUUCAAUACAGAAAUUCUCUCUGUAGUGUCUUUGGCAUUGAAAUCAGCCGUUCCAUACGUACUUCGUAUGGAGACGAUGAUACUUGUGUAUAUAUUGACGAUUUGUUCAUUGUAAAUAAUGACCGUUAUUGUAUUAUUGAUAAGCUUAAAAUACUCAUAGUAGAGUAGGUUAUGUUCGUUGAUGACUUUAUUUGUAUAGAUAAUCUGAUGAUGCAAAUGUUUGUUGAUUUCGUUCCAAUAUCGGAAAGUUAACUGUUGGAAUACUUAUCGUUUUAUUAAAGAACAUAUUUCUUUUCAAAUCUUUCUUUGAAAGAAAAAUUUAUUGAUAUAUGUAUUAUGGUAUAUAAUGUGUUUAUGAUAUAGAUUACGUUAUUUUAUAUAAGUAUGUGAUCAAAAAAUGUGCUGAUUUUUAAUGAUAUCUUCCUUUUAAUCAGUGUUGUAAAGGAAAAUAUAACUGAAGGUAUUUUUAUUGAUAAAUAAAACAUCAAAAAUAUAUUCAAAAUGUUUUAAUCCUUCACGAAUCAGUCAAGUUAAAAUUACUGCGAUAUUACUAAAUGAGUCUUGACAAAAAGUAAGAUUCAAUUUUGACGAAGUUUUAAGAUGAGAAAUCUUCAUGAAUAAACACAUAACAUAUUUAUUUCCGUUAAUAUAACUACACUAUAUUAGUGUAACGACUAGAUAAAACAUUAUCGCUAAGUAAAUGUAUGUAAAAUUAGAUAUACUUGAAGAUACUAAUUAAAACAUAUCACAUUA